UUCACAUGAACACCACGCCCCGCCCCUUGUCACCGGCGCCCCGCCCACCUCUCGUUGAUGCCCGGAGAUUGGGCGAAACGCCUGCCAAUCACGUCAGAUCGCCGCUUCUUCUUCCAUCCGCUGAGCUGCUAACGGUCCCGGCGGCGACGGCUGUGUGUGAGCGCCGGAGAGCGAUGGCAGCCGGGGGAGAGGGCAUCCUGCGGAGGUGGCUGCGGGGAGCCGGCCUGCUCUAUCUGUGCGUGCGGGGCCCGCGGCUCUACCGAGUGUACCGGGUGAACGGGCGGGCGGCGAUCGGGAGAGGCCGGAGCGGCGAGGAGGCUGCGCCCGAGGGAUCCUGGGAAUCCUUCUAUCAGCCAAGAGCACUGGAGAAGCACACAGAUAGCAUACUGGCAUGGGUGUCUGUCCUAUGGACCAUUUCUUAUUACUCCUCCCCUCUCGCUUUCUUUUAUUUGUACAGAAAAGGGUAUGUGAACAUGGGUAGGCUGCUACCUCUGGGGCAGUAUGGUAUGACGCUGCUGUUCCUGCUGGCAGGGGUGGCAUGUUUAAGAGGAUUGGGGAGAUGGAGCAAUCCUCAGUACAUCCAGUUUAUAAGCAUCUUGGAGAGAACCAAGAUGGACAAUAGUGUAGAGAACAAGAAAAAACUUUCCAGUUACAAUUUUGACUUUCGCAGUUGGCCGGUGGAUUUCUAUUGGAAUGAAAUGAGCAGUAAAGAAUACCAGACACUGGGGCCCUCCGGAGGUGUUCCUUUGCUGAAGCCUGAGCCACGGACGCGAGGAGCAGCUGACGGAUUUCUGCAGAAGAUACAGAAGUUACCGUGUCAGAUAACCAGUUACGUUGUGGCUCACUCGUUCGGGAGGCGGAUGUUGUAUCCUGGCUCUGUGUAUCUCUUACAGAAGGCAAUAAUGCCCAUGUUAUUGCAGGGACAGGCUCGCCUUGUGGAAGAGUAUAAUGGGAAACGAGCCAAGCUGCUGUCCUGUGACGGGAAUGAAAUUGACACCAUAUUUGUAGAUCGCAGAAGUUCCAGUGACGAUAAAGGGUCCAAGCUGGUCAUCUGCUGUGAGGGCAACGCUGGGUUCUAUGAGGUUGGCUGCGUGUCCACUCCGCUAGAAGCUGGUUACUCUGUACUGGGCUGGAAUCACCCCGGGUUUGCAGGCAGCACAGGGAUUCCCUUUCCUCAGAACGAAGCAAACGCCAUGGAUGUGGUCAUACAGUACGCUUUGUAUCGGCUUGGCUUCAGCCUGGAAGACGUCAUUGUGUACGCCUGGUCCAUUGGGGGCUUCACAGCCACUUGGGCCUCCAUGGCCUAUCCAGACCUCCAUGCUCUUGUACUUGAUGCCUCCUUUGAUGACCUAGUUCCGCUGGCCCUGAAAGUGAUGCCUGAAAGUUGGAGAGGACUGGUAACUAGAACGGUGCGGAAGUAUCUAAACCUUAACAACGCUGAGCAGCUCUGCAGGUAUCAGGGUCCCGUGUUGCUAAUCAGGAGAACGAAUGAUGAGAUAAUCACCACAACAAACCCAGAGGACAUUGCGUCAAACAGGGGCAAUGACCUGCUCAUCCUUCUGCUGCAGCAUCGUUACCCCCAGGUGAUGUCUGAUGAGAGCAGGCUGGCGGUGAGAAUGUGGCUCUCGGCUGCCACUCCAGAGCAAGAAGCCUCUGUAUUCAGCCACUAUGGGGUAGAAGAAGACUGGUGUCUGUCCGUCCUACAGUCAUAUAAAGCUGAGCAUUCAGGACCCUUUCCAUGGAGUGUCGGGGAAGACAUGAGCGUAGAAGGAAAGCAGCAGCUGGCUCUAUAUCUGGCACAGAAACAUCUGAAAAGCUUUGAAGCAACGCACUGUACGCCGCUGGCAGCCAGUGCCUUCCAAAUGCCCUGGAGCAUAUAAUAUUGGAAUGUGCGGUUAGAUCCGCACACUGCUGUUCCUGGGUUAGAUACACCCUCCCUGUCCUUCCUCCAGUCUUUGUGAGCGGCAGCUACUACGGACAAAAGAAAGAUGGCCGUCCUCCCACCCAUCUCUCAUACCUCCUUGGACUUUUUUUUUUAAAUGAAUGGAUUUCUGUUGAGCAGGAAAGUGUAAGAACACUGAUGAGGAUUCAAACACCGCCGUUAAGAUGUGACUAAUGCCCGUACGACGUUUCUGUCCCUGUCAUAACACUGAAGUGCACCCGGCUUGGCUCAAUGGUACAGGGAUUACUGUCCCAAGAGCGAGUCCUUUUUUAUUUCAAUUUUUUUUUUUUUUUUUUUAAUCUGUUGGACACUGAAAUAAAUCCGUGUUGAAGAAAACUUUU